AAUUAGCUGUCAUGUUGUUAGCCUGGUUUUUGGGACACUCCUAGCUCGGGUCCCACUCCUCAUCGCCAGGUCCCACCACGAAACCAUGGCCGAACAGGCCGCCGGACCCCCACCGUCGUCCCAGCAUGGCGAUGAGCUCCAGCAGCGGGUGGACACUCUGGAGCGGGAGAGGGCCGAGUUCGGCAAAAUCAAGCAGCAGCUGGAGGCUGAGUUCAACCAGAAGAGAGCAAAGUUCAAAGAGCUCUAUUUGGCCAAAGAGGAGGAUCUGAAGAGGCAGUCGUCGGCGCUUGAGUCGGCGCAGGCCGAGAUGAGCUCCGUCCAGGCCCAGCUGGCCCAGGCCUGCUCCGAGAUCGAGACCAUCAAAGCGGUGGCCACCGUGUCGGAGAACACAAAGCAGGAGGCCAUCGACCAGGUCCGUGGCCAGUGGCAGGAGGAGGUGGCCUCGCUGCAGGCCAUCAUGAAAGAAACGGUUCGCGAGUACGAGGUCCAGUUCCACCAGCGUCUGGAGCAGGAGCGAGCCCAGUGGGGCCAGUACCGCGAUGCCAUGGAGAGGGAGGUGGGAGACCUCCGGCGGCGGCUCACCGAGGGCCAGGAGGAGCAAAACCUGGAGGACGAUAUGAAAAAGGCUCAGGAGGACGCGGAGAAGCUCCGCUCGGUGGUGAUGCCCAUGGAGCAGGAGAUCGGGACGCUCAAAGCCAAGCUGUCCACGGCCGAGGACAGGGUCAAGGAACUUGAGGCGUCUAAGGUGAAGGAGCUCAAUCACGUUCUGGAGGCAGAGAAGUCGUGUCGCACCGACUUGGAAAUGUACGUGGCUGUGCUCAACACACAGAAAUCCGUCCUGCAGGAGGAUGCUGAGAAGCUACGCAGGGAACUUCACGAAGUGUGUUACAAACUGGAGCUGGAGCGGCAGCAGCACAACCAGCUGAAGCACACGUGGCAGCGAGCCAACGACCAGUUCCUGGAGUCUCAGCGCCUCCUCAUGAGGGACAUGCAGAGGAUCGAGAGCGUGCUCUCCUCCGAGCAGCUGCGGCAGGUGGAGGAGAUGAAGAAGAAAGACCAGGAGGAGGACGAGAAGGAGCAGUUGAGCCAAGUGAAGGAUCUGCACGAGGAAGAUGGCGCAGACAACACGGAGCCUUUGGAGGAUAUUUUCCUGGGGCUGAGCAUCGAGGAGCCGCCGACCAACCACAGCGCCCACGGCUCCAUGCACUCCCUGGACGCCGACGUGGUGACGGGCGGCCAGUCUGAUCUCUACAAGGAGAACCUGCGGAGAGUCCAGUCCACGGACAGCCUGGGCUCCUCCCUGUCCGUCCAGCAGGGUCUGAACCACAAGGCCAAGUCAGCCGGCCACUUGGACGAGUCGGAAUUUGGGCCCCUGGUGGGGGCCGACUGCGGCGUGGCGGACUCCAGCUUGGGCGAGGGUUGGUCCGUCAGCUCGAUCAAGCUGACGGCCAGUCACUUCCUGCUCACCAAAGACCAGGAGAAGGCCAUUAAAGCCAUGACGCCUGAGCAGGAGGAGACGGCGUCGCUGCUGUCCAGCAUCUCGCAAGCCCCCGACACCGCCUACUUACCCCCGGUGGGCUACCGACUGGUCAGCGACAGCGAAUGGAACCUGCUGCAACAGGAGGUGAAGAACGCGGGCAGGAAGCUGGGUCGCCGCUGCGACAUGUGCUCCAACUACGAGAAGCAGCUGCAGGCCAUCCAGGGACAGGAGGCCGACAUACGAGAUCAGCUGAAGAAACUGCAGGCGAUGUUGCGUCAGGCCAACGAUCACCUGGAGAGGACCGUGACGGAGAAGCAAAGUCUGGAAGAUUCCGUCAAGCUGGGGAACGAGGAAACUGCUGCUAAGGUGUCCGCUCUCAUCCAGCGAGUGCAGGAGUCGGAAAUGCUGCUCGGCACGCUCCAGGAGGCCUUCAGUGAAGCUAAGAGGAACACGCAGGCACAGAUGGGUGUGCUGGUGCAGUCACGGGAGCAAGUGGCCGACAAGCUGAGCCGACUACAGCGGGACAACGAGAGCCUGCAGGGAAAACACCGUCUGCACACAGAACUGCUGCAGCAAGAGGGCUUCACCAUGCCCGACACUGUGGAAGAGCUCCAGGCGACGGUGUUUCAGCUGCGCGAGGACACGGUGGCAUUGCGGACGUCUGCGGAGCACGUGGAGGAGAAGCUGAAGGCGGAAAUCCUUUUCCUCAAGGAGCAGAUCCAAGCGGAGCAGUGCCUCAAGGAGAACCUGGAGGACACCCUGCAGAUGGAGAUCGAGGGCUGCAAGGAGGAGAUCGCUUCCUUCUCCAGUUUGAAGACGGAACUGGAACGGAUAAAGGCAGAGAAGGAGCAGUUGCAGAGCAUUUUAUCACAAAAGAUGGAGACACUGGAAAGCAUCCAGUCCUUGAGGAUCAGUCUGGAGCAGCAGCUAAAAGAGCUCAACACAACCAAGCGUGCGCUAGAGAGUCAGGUGUUGGAAGAGAAAGACAAAGCCCAGCGCUUGCAAACGGAGCUGGACGUCAGUGAGCAGGUCCAGAAGGACUUUGUCAAGCUUUCGCAGACACUUCAGGUGCAGCUGGAGCGGAUACGGCAGGCGGACUCUUUGGAGCGAAUCAGACUUAUUCUCAACGACACCAACUUGACUGACAUCAACCAGCUUCCAGAUACAUGAUAGGGUGCCUGUGGGGAAAAGUGCCUCCUUCCUUCUUUCUCCAUCCCUAUAACAUUAUUGAUCCUCCUCCUCCUCAUAACCAUCACAGAAGAAGGGAAGGCAGGUAGGAAGGAGCAGCGGCCUUUUUGAGUCCAUUCAAUUGUGGAAUCGUGAUGAAGAACACUACUAAAAACAUGACAAAUGUACAUAUGGAUGGAUGAGGGUGGGGAAGUCCCAUCUUGCCUGUGGAUGUCUUGUUCCUACUGUAGAUAUGACCGUGUCUAAUUAGCUUUAAACACCAACAAAAAGGUUUGUCGUGGUCUCCAAGCACUUUUUCCUUACCAGGUAACAACUUGGAAGCUUCCCCCUCCCCCCCAAGAUUGGUCUGUAAUUGUCCAUCUCACAUGUUGGUUGUCCCGCCUAUUCUGUGUAAUUUUUUUUACAACAGGGGUUGUCAAACUGAAGUCUAGAUCUCAGGGGCACACAUAAUAAUUUGCAAUAAAUUGUCGUUUCUCGUAUAAUUUAUCAAUUUAUAAAAUUAACAGAAUAAACCAAUUACUCCUCCGUACCAUAGCUUUGGGCCAAUUCAAAGUUCUGAUAUGAUUGUGACAUCACAUCAAUCUGAUCUCUCUCUGUAAGAAUAAAGAACCAGACUUUUUUUUCAAGAAUAAAAUAUAGUCAUUUUUGGAGAUGGUGACUUUUCCAGAAUAAAAUGCAUAAUAUUACGAGACUUCACUUCGUUGACCAUUGACUUGACUUUCUUAAUAUUACGACUUUAUCUUGGAAAAAUAUGACUAUUUCCGUAAAGUUACAAUUUUUCAUCCUGACAAAAUACAUCUUUCUUGUGAAGAUUACACUUUUUUUUUUUCUUGAAUUACUUUAUUCUCUUUACAAUACAACUUAUUUCUUUUAAACGAUUGUUAUCGUAACAUUGAAGACUUUUCCCCCCAGCAUUUAGGGGUACAUACGGUAGUUAUGUUUAAUUGGCAUUAGGAUUACGAGAGGCUUGGGAGAAAUGUGUCCCCUGUAAUCCAAAAGGUUUGAGAACCCCUGUUUUUGCACCCCACAACAAAGACAUGAGAUUAAGGAAUUCAUGGAAUUGUUGCACAAGAAUCCAAUCCAAAAGGCAAAGAUGCUUUGUCUCAAGUUUUUUUUUUUUUUUUUUAAUAUGCAGAGGUUCAGUGAAGAAAUGCAUACGACGUGGGUUUUAUUCUUACAAAUUUCAUUUAUUUUUUUUCCCCAUGUCCACAGGUAAGUAGUACACGGUGUGUGUGUGUGUGUGUGUGUGUUUUGAUGCAGUGGAACCUCCAAAGUGAAACACCAUCCAAAAUGGGUUUUCAUUUCAAAACCCAUUAGAAACGUAAUUUAUUUGUUUCUUGACAAACGUAUUCACUGCCGUGGACGUUUAAAUCCGUCAAUUUCAAUCCAACCAUUGAGUGCCACCGACAAAUAUAUACGUCAAGUACGAUUUACAACGGGUAGGCGUGGAGGAGUGUCUCGCACCACUUGCCUGUGAAAUUGAGGUUUGUAAAUCACUGACUAACAGAUCCCUGUAGCUGGCGGCGUUGCAUUGCAUUGGAUUUGAUCAGCACAGCUAUUGAGUCGAAGAUAAAGAUUUGGCGGGGAAUCUCGUCUUGUCACGUCAAUUAUGAGGGAGAGAAAUGCUAACACAUCAGACAUGUUAGGGGUGGCAGUAGGUAGUAGAAAAUGCAUGUCGCGAUCAUGGGGAAAAAUGAGGCAGUUCAUUAAGUUAAUGAUGAAAAAAAGUAAAACAAGCCACUGACGUUCGACUUGAGCCAUGCGGUAAGUCAGUAUUGCUCACGCCGGGUUUCCUAGUUGUUUCUGUAAAUAAAUUAUUUUAUCAUCAAAAGCCCUCUCGAUCUUGUUUUUUUGUUGGUUUAUAGUUUGAAACAUUAGCGUCAAAGUCACAAAAAAAAAUAAAACAUUGUCAGAUUUUUGGUCAUAAACAGAUGUUUUGGUUAAAUCAACCCAAGUUCUACUGCUGAUAAAUAAAUAAUGGAAAAUGCUUGAAACUUUUUUUCUGAUGAUAGGAGAGUCUUUCUUUUAGUAGGUUCACUGCUAUAUUAUGUGGGCUUUGAAAAAUCAGUCAAAAUGCUAUAAAACGGCCUGCAAUAUGGGGAAAUCUUGGAAAAUGGCUGACAGUUAAUGAGUACUAAAAUGUACUAAAAUGAAGUAAAAAUUACUCACCAUUUGAAGAUGCGUGAGAUGUAAUGGUAAAGAGUUAAGUUAGUCAUCAAGGUUUUUUGUAUGUCAAGAAAAAAUCCAAAGUAAAAGCGAAAUAUGGAGUAAAACCGAUUGAGAGGCGCGUUUUGAGUAGAACUCCAGAAUUGUUUGGGUUUUUGGAGCGUUCCGCUUUGGAUGUUUUCACAAAAAAAAAAAAACAGUAUGGCCGGCCGGGGCUAGUCAUCUGGAAGCUUCCAAUCAGAAGAAAUAAGACUCAAAAGGUGUUGGUCAUCAUUAAGAGCCAGUGUAAAUAUUAUUUGAUUAAUAUAUGACCAUAAAUUGUUGUCCACUAAAGCUUCCUGUCACUGAACACGCUUGGGGGAUCUAUAUAUAUAUAUAUAUAUAUAUAUAUAAUUUUAUUGUUUUUAAUUAAACAGUUUAUGCAUUCUCUGGUCAUUAAUUUAUCCAAAAAAACUCAUUGGGUCAAUAAAAUAUCAACGAAGUGUCCAACAAUGUUCAUUAUUUGCACUGUUUGUGUAGACAUUCACACAAAAUAUUGUAAUGUUUUUCACAUAGGUAUUAAUUGAAUGAUAUAUGUAUUGCAUUUGUUUUUGUAUAAACAGGUUGUUAACACAUGACUAAAGUGGAGCAUUUAACAGUAUUCAUAAUGGGUAUAAUGUACUGUAUUAUACAUGUCAGAGUUAUUUAUUCAGUCUAUUUUUUGUAUAAAUAAGUUGUUGAUUAACACUUAAAUGGAGAUUUUGUUUCAGUGGUUUAACAGAAAUCUGGCCUGUGAUCUUAUGCAAGUCAAUGGACUGAACUUCAUAA